AUGUCUUGCUCUGCGAGCCACAUACAGCAACGCAAGUGGCUGUUGUAUUGCCAGUCCACCCUAUACAACACAUUGCCCAAAACCACUGAUAUCGAAUAUGAUGAGUAUAAAGCCUCUCUUUACCCUGUGCAUUUCAAUGACUUGCUUCACAUCUAUAAGCAAGCAUCCCCUUCAUCACCAUACCCUCUACCAUGCCUGACGUACACGACACUCAAGUCUCGCAAAGACAAGACCUUGUACAACAACACACUUCACUGUCACCACAGAUGGAGAGAUGGCUACAGGAGAGCAAGAGGGAAAUGCCUUGGCAUCUCCCUGAUUCGAUUGCAGUAUCUAGCACGCAGACGCAGAUCACUCCCAACACCAACGCCUACACUUCCUCUCAAAACCCUGCUACUCAGGGGAGUGCCAAGUAGACUUGCUGCCCCAGAAGUCUUUGAGUCAAACAUUGCUGUCUCUGAGCGGAUAGCCGUCAUCCAACCACCGGUAGUCAUCGUGAGUCGGUCUUGA